GAGCAAGAGCUUUGCAUGUACUGUACAACCUGGGAGCGUUUGGUGCAUCAGGGGUUGCGCGGGGAGCAACGGCGGGGGAGCUCCACUAUACUCGAGGCCAUUGGCGGGGAGGGAACGGUACGGAAUACCAAUUUAGGAAGCUUUUGGGUCGCCAUUCGUGUUAAUUCGAGCUUAUUCCCACCUCAACCCAAGACUCCGAAGUUGUUCGAGUACCUUUCAUUUGGUUUCACGGUCAUCGAGGUCGUUCCCCAGACACCCACCAUACGCACAGACUACCCGAGGCAGUCACAAUGGCGGACAAGAAGCGCCCCAAUUUCCUUAUCGUCUUGGCUGAUGAUCUGGGGUUUAGUGAUAUUGGAUGCUUUGGCGGAGAGAUCGAAACCCCGAAUCUAGACAAGCUUGCAAAGCAAGGCGUACGCUUUACAGAUUUCCAUGCCGCGGCAGCAUGUUCGCCCUCUCGAGCGAUGCUCAUGACGGGAACGGAUCAUCACAUUGCAGGGCUGGGGAAUCUGAUUGAAUGGACCAACAUCUCCGGACAGAACGAUCCGAAUGGAAAGAUGUCUACCGCUCCCCAGAGAGGCAUGCCCGGGUACGAAGGAUAUCUGAAUGAGCGAGUGGUAGCGGUGAGCGAAGUCCUCCGCGAUGCUGGCUAUGCGACCCUCAUGUCCGGAAAGUGGCAUUUAGGGCUCACACCAGACCGCUCACCCAAAGUCCGAGGCUUUGAAAAAUCUUUCGCGCACCUUCCUGCUUGCAGCAACCAUUAUGCAUACGAGCCACAACUCGACAAAGCUGCCGGCGACAACAUACCCGACUUCAUGACGAUGUCGUUCAUCGCGCUGCACUCCGAAAACGGAGAGUAUGUGCGCAAGCUUCCCGACGGCUGGUACUCGAGCAACGGCUACGGCGACAAGCUCAUCGACUACCUGAAGGAAUGGAAAGACGAAAACCCAAAAGGCGAGAAGCCAUUCUUCGCAUACCUACCUUUCACAGCCCCGCACUGGCCGCUGCAAGCUCCGCAAGAGUUCAUCAAGAGGCAUCGUGGCCUGUACGACGACGGUCCAGAUGCGCUGCGGGAGAAGAGAUUGCAGCGCCUCAAAGAUCUAGGCAUGAUCCCACAAGAUGUAACACCACACCCUGUCGUCGCCGACGAGGUGAAGAAGUGGGACGAUAUGAGCGACUUCGAGAAGAAGAUGUCGAGUCGCGCGAUGGAAUGUUUCGCCGGCAUGGUGUCUUGCAUCGAUCACAACGUUGGUCGCGUCAUCGCGCACCUCGAGUCCAUCGGCGAGCUCGACAACACAUUCAUCUGCUUCAUGUCCGACAACGGCGCCGAGGGCGCAGCGUACGAAUCGUAUCCCAUCGUGCAGGGCCAGAUGAUGCAGCACCUGCAGAAGUACUACGACAACAGCCUGGAGAAUCUCGGCAACGGGAACUCGUUCAUAUGGUACGGGCCCCGAUGGGCGCAAGCGGCGACCGCGCCGAGUAGGCUGUACAAGGCGUAUACGACGGAGGGCGGCGUGAGAGUGCCUUGCCUGGCGAAAUUCCCGCAGGGCGUGUUGCAGGAGGGCAGGGAGAAUAGCGUAUCGGAUACGUUUGCGACGAUUAUGGAUAUUAUGCCCACGGUGCUGGACAUGGCUGGUGUGAAGCAUCCAGCGCCGAGCUACCAAGGACGCGAGAUCGUGGGGAUGCGCGGAAAGUCCAUGAUGCCGUUCAUCACGGGUAGUGCGCCGCGCAUCCACGCCGAGGACUUCAUCCAAGGCUGGGAGACGUGUGGGCGUGCGGCGGUGCGCAAGGGCGACUUCAAGAUCGUUUUCAUCCCGAAGCCGCGCGGGACGGAGAAGUGGCAGCUGUAUAACUUGCGUGCGGAUCCUGGCGAGGUUUACGACCUGGCGGAAAAGCCGGAGUAUAAAGCAGUGUUCGAUGAGCUCCUGAAGCUCUGGGAGCAGUAUGUGCUUGAGACAGGCGUUAUACCGCUGGCGCCGGAGUUGGGAAGGUGGUUGGCGCUGAUGGAGGAGCAGAUGACUGAGGAUGCGUGGAUUGAGUAUGAGUAUUGGAAUGAGGGGGCGAGGGAUGAGCCGGAGAAGUUCUUUAAGAAGCCGUGGAGGUAUCAGGGUCAGAGGACGGUGAAGCAGAUGUGAGCGAUAGGGGCUAGUUGUUCACAUGCGUAUGCUGGUAUUGCUAACCUACUGUAGCGCGGCACGCAAUGGUCAUCGUACUCAAUCAAGAAUGCAUAUUAAAAGAUAUCUUGAAGGAAUUAGACUCGCCCUAGGGGUAUCUCACCCAAGUCUCUGACCAACGUCAAGCAUUCAGUCGUCUCGAAGUUCUCCCACCUAACACCCUCCUUCGCCCACUCAGUCUCAGCCUCCGCCAUCGCCCGCUCAACUCCAGCCUUUACCGCCGGCAGCCCCGGUCC